ACUCGGCAAAUGAAGCUCCCAAGGGCCUACUUUGUAGUGUUUUACUGAUGCAAAUAUCAUUAUUCUCAUCGCGCAUCAUCCUGUUUCACGUCUGCAGACGGGAUGCUUGAAAAUGAUAUUUUAAGGUUGCUCUAAUGCCCUAGAUCUUACCCUAUAUUAGACACUCCCAAAAAAUGUUGAGGUUACGUGUAGAUGUCAACUUGACAGUAGUUCAAAAGUAUACGUGGUACUAGGUUGAAUUUCUAAUUCAAAUGCAAAAUAUAUUUGAAAUAAUCGAAUACAACUUUGUGUUUUUCAGGAGAAAGAUUUCUUUUUGAGGUUGUUCACAAAUAUAAAUUAAUUUGCUAUAAUGCUAAUUAAAAAUACUAUUUUUAGAGGAAUAAAAUUAUUGAAAAUAUGUGUUACUCAAAAAAACAGCUUUCAAACUGGCUUUAUCAAAACAUCUCAAAAGACUGUGAAGCUAGCUAAUGGGGCUGACAUACCUAUUGUCGGCUUGGGAACUUGGAGAUCUCAACCGGAAGAAAUCGAAAAUGCAGUUCAAAUAGCAUUGGAGAAUGGUUAUAGGCACAUUGAUACUGCCUUCAAUUAUAAUACAGAAGAAUACAUAGGAAAUGUACUUCACAAAUGGCUUGAAUCUGGUAAAAUCAAAAGAGAAGAACUUUUCAUCACCACAAAGCUGCCCAAUUUUGGCAAUAGACCCGCAGAUGUAGAAAAAUAUUUAAAAUUAUCGUUAGAAAGGCUGCAGCUUGAUUAUGUGGACUUGUACUUGAUCCAUAUGCCUUUCAGUUUCCACAGCAAUGAAGCAGGAAAUGGUCCAUUGAAAAAUGAAGAUGGUUCAUUCAGUCUUGAUACUGAAAAUGAUAUCAUAUCAACUUGGAAGGAAUUAGAAAAGCAAGUACAGAAGGGGUUGACAAAAGCCAUAGGACUAUCAAAUUUCAACAGUGAGCAAGUUCAAAGAAUUCACAGAGCUGAAAUAAAGCCAGUUGUAAAUCAAGUGGAACUGCAUGCCUAUUUGCAACAGAAAGAAUUAAGAGAUGCUUGUAAAAUAUUGAAUGUAGCAGUAACUGCCUUUUCUCCAUUAGGAAGUCCUGGUGCCAAUACACAUUUCCAGAACAAGUACAGUUAUUCACUUAACGAUUUUCCAGACAUUCUGGGCCAUCCUAUAGUGAAGGAAUUGUCUGAAAAAUACAGGAAACAACCCGGUCAGAUACUCUUGAGGCACCUCAUUCAGCAAGAUGUCAUUGUCAUUCCUAAAAGCACCAAUCCAGAACGAAUUAAAGCCAAUAUCGAUUUAUUUGACUUUGAUCUAUCUUCUGAUGAUUUAGAAAAAUUGAAUGCCUUGGAUAAAAAGGAAGAUGGUAGAAUAUUCGAUUUUAUGUUUUUCAAGGGUGUGGAUAAACACCCUGAAUAUCCUUUCAAAGCAAGACUUUAGGUUUCAGAUAUACAAGAAAAUAUAUUUGAUUAGACCUAUACAUUAAAAUGAAUAAGUUAGCUCAAUUUUUUAAAACUCAGCUGUGAAGGUUCUGGAUGAAGAUGAAAUUUUAUGUUUGGUAGUCUAGCUUGGAAUAAAGGUUUACUUAUUUCCACGUAUCAUUUUGAAGGUUUUUAUUGUUUGUAUUAUAGUCUUUUGAAGACUGUUUUACUAAUGAAAUAACAGCUUUUCUUUAUUUUUGUAUGCUUACCGAAAUCUGCUUAUGAAAUGUGAUAGCUAUGAAUUAAAUCUCUUAUUAGGAAAAAUGGGCCAAUUUAAUUUCCAUCUAAGUUACAAUUUGUAUUACAUUUAGGCCAGACGUGACUUUUAUAUAUUAGACAAUACAUUUUCUGAAACAGAGCUGCUCGUUUCUUCCUUCUUUGUCAGUCGUACAUGCGGUUUGCGACAGUUCAUGAACUGAUAUUGCCCGUGUACCGCAGUUAAAAUCUAUUUAUUAACUUUGUAACGUUACCGCGCAUAAUCUAACCCAAAAUUGCAUGCUUUUUCCACAUUUCUGAC